AUGAAGUUCACUUUGUUCGCUGCUCUGAGCCUUGGUGUCACUGCCAAUUCCAAUGCCACACCACUGGAUGCUCGCGAUGGCGUCCAGACGGUUCACCUGACCUUUCAUGGCGGGCCAGCUUCAUAUUCCCUAACCAUACCUGCGGACGGCAAGAUACACCAGACAAACAACGGCAUUUCCGUCAACAUCAUCGACGCCCCUGACUACAAUGCUAUAUCCCAGUGCACAUUCUACACGGCUGGCCAGAAGACAUUGGUCAGCGGCAUCACCGAUAAAGGACUUCAGCAGGUCAUCGUCGGGCCACCUCAACCUAUCACUGCCGUAAGCUGCCAAGGCAUGUGUGUUGGCAUCUACGGAGAUUGCUACGACCAUAAUGGUCAGUUUGUUGGGCCGUGCUGUAAUGGCUUCUGUGCGGCUGACAAGUGUCGUCCAUGGGUCACUACUUUCUAG